AUGGAAACGCUUGGUGGGGCUCGGGCAGCAAUGGCUGCUGUUUCUGUUUCAACCGCUGAGGCCCUGACUGCUCUCCUCCUGUUGGUCGUCCCUCGCGUCUCGCAGGCUCUGACCUUCUCCUUACCUUUCCAGCAGCCGGAGGCCUGCAACCACAACCAGUACUUCGAUAUCUCGGCACUGACCUGUGUGUCGUGUGGAGCCAACCAGAAGCGGGAUGCUGGAGGCACCUCAUGUGUGUGUUUACCAGGAUUUCAGAUGACUUCUAACAAUGGAGGACCUGCCAUGACUUGUAAAAAAUGUCCAGACAACAUGAAAGGUGUUACUGAAGAUGGCUGGAACUGCAUUUCUUGCCCUCAUGGCCUAACUGCAGAAGGAAAAUGCCACUGUCCCACUGGUCAUAUUUUAGUGGAAAGAGGCCUCAAUGGAUCCUUGUUAUCUCAAGCAACUUGUGAGCUUUGUGAUGGAAAUGAAAAUGCUUACACAAGAGCCAACGCUUUAGGAAAUGCAUGUGUCAGAUGUGAACCAACGUUCAUUAAUGCUACCAGGUCCUGUGAAUGUGCAGAGCCUAAUGUUCUAACAGGGGGAUUAUGUUUCAGCGGCUCGGGGAGUUUUCCUCCACGUGUAAUUUCAGCUGCACGCCAGGGAGAGCCUGGCAUCUCUUUCAUUUCAGAAUGGUUUGCAAAGUAUUUGCAGUCAGCAGCAUCUGCAUGUUGGGCGUAUGCCAACCUGACGUCUUGCCAAGCUCUUGCUAACAUGUGUGUGAUGAACAUGAAUUCCUAUGACUCUGCCCUUGUCGACGCAUGUGGACUGUUUCAGUUCAUCUUUGAAAGUACCGCUGGCCUGAAUACUGUGCAUUCCAUUUCAUUUUGGAGACAGAAUCUUCCUUGGCUGUUUUAUGGAGAGCAGUCAGGCCUGGCCCCUCAGAUACUCAGCAGUACACCUCUUCCAACAGAUUUCAGUUUUAAAGAACAAAACCAGAAUUCAAAACUGAAGUUUGUUGCUGCCACCUAUGAUAUAAGAGGAAAUUUUCUUAAAUGGCAGACUUUAGAAGGAGGUGUGUUACAGCUUUGUCCAGACACGGAAGCAAGACUCAAUGCUGCUUAUUACUUUGGAACAACCUAUCAACAGAAUUGUGAGAUUUCUCUUUCUAAGAUCCUAACUGACUUUCCCACUCCUGUAUUUUAUGAUGUUUACCUUGAAUAUACUGAUGGCAAUCAACAAAAUAUUUGGGCUGUACCUGUGUUAAACUUAAAUCUUCAACACUAUAAAAUGUUUGUGAAUCAAGAUAGUAGCCCCACCAAGUGGCUUCUGACUCGGCGCAUUUUCUUAGUGGAUGCAGUUAGCGGACGAGAAAAUGACUUAGGGAAUCAGCCGAGAGCAAUUCGAAUUGCUACCCAGAUAUCACUGAGUAUCCACCUUGUCCCUGACACAAAAAAUGGAAACAUAUACCCUCCCUUAAUCACAGUUGCCUACAGUGAUGUUGAUAUCAAAGAUCCCUCUAACCAGGCUAUAAAGGUUUCUUUCUCAGUCAAAUAUGAAAUGAAUCAAGGAGAAGCAUUUGUCCAGACAGAUAUUGCUCUGGGCGUGUUGGGUGGGCUUGCUGUUUUAUCAUCUCUCCUGAAGACAGCGGGGUGGAAGAGGCGCAUUGGGAGUCCCAUGAUUGAUCUACAGACAGUUAUGAAAUUCCUGGUGUUCUAUGCUGGUGACCUGGCCAAUGUCUUUUUUAUCGUCACAAUGGGAACAGGUCUUUAUUGGCUUAUUUUCUUCAAAGCGCAGAAGUCUAUCUCCGUUUUGCUGCCAGUGCCGGCCCAGGAGGAGCGCUUCGUUACCUACGUAGGAUGUGCCUUUGCUCUGAAGGCUGUGCAGUUUUUGCAUAAACUCGUAUCCCAGAUGACCAUAGAUGUGUUCUUUAUUGAUUGGGAGCGACCUAAAGGAAAAGUUCUAAAGGCUGUUGAAGGUGAGGGUGGCAUCCGGAGUGCCACUGUUCCCGUAAGCAUCUGGAGAACAUACUUUGUAGCAAAUGAAUGGAAUGAGAUUCAGACUGUGCGAAAAAUUAAUCCACUCUUUCAAGUGCUUACCGUUCUCUUCUUCCUGGAGAUUGUGGGAUUUAAGAACUUAGCAUUAAUGGACUCAUCCUCCAGUCUGUCUAGAAGCCCGUCCAGCUACACACCUCCGUAUAGCCGCAUCCUGAGGUAUGCUGUAUCUGCUGCUCUUUGGCUAGUCAUUGGAGUUACACAGAUCGUGUUCUUUGCUGGCUUCUAUGAGAGAUUCAUAGAGGAUAAAAUUCGACAGUUUGUUGAUUUAUGCUCAGUGAGUAAUAUAUCGGUGUUUUUGUUAUCCUACAAAUGUUUUGGGUAUUACAUUCACGGCAGAUCGAUACACGGGCAUGCUGAUACCAAUAUGGAAGAAAUGAACAUGAAUCUUAAAAGAGAAGCGGAAAAUUUGUGUAGCCAAAGAGGUCUGGUCCCCAACACAGAUGUCCAGACUUUUCAGAUUGCAGUUUCGGGCCAUAUGAGGCAGCACUACGACAGGAUUCACGAGACACUCGUAAGGAAAAAUGGCCCUGCCAGACUGUUAAGCUCAUCGGCAAGUACUUUGGAGCAGAGUAUAAAAGCAUACCAUGCAAUGAACAAAUUCCUUGGCUCCUUCAUUGAUCACGUCCAUAAGGAAAUGGAUUACUUCAUAAAAGAUAAGUUGCUUCUCGAAAGAAUCCUUGGAAUAGAAUUCAUGGAGCCAAUGGAAAAAAGCAUCUUUUAUAAUGAUGAAAGUUACUCUUUCAGCAGUGUGCUGUAUUACGGAAAUGAAGCCACUCUGCUGAUUUUCGACCUGCUGUUCUUCUCCGUCGUGGACCUGGCUGGCCAGAGCUUCAUGUUAGCAGCCUUCCUCACAUACCUGCAGCAAGAGAUUUUUAGAUUUAUCCGUAAUACAGUAGGACAAAAGAAUUUGGCAAGCAAAACACUGGUGGAUCAAAGAUUUCUGAUUUAAUAACUUAAGGACUUAAGAUACUGCAAAAAAAAGUCAUGAUACAGGUUUGCCAUAUUUUUUAAAACUUGUAAUACUAGUUACUGGUGUUUUUUUUUUUUUUUAACCAACAGAUUUAUUUUUAUAACUUGUAACAAUAUAUCUAACUAUUUCUUUCCGCAAAACAUUUUUUAAUGAUAAUCAAAGUAAUUGCCAUCAUUUGUCUCUAUAGAUCUUUUUUUUUUUUGGUGGAACCAAGGAUCAAACUCGGGACCCUGCACUUGCUGGUGCUUAUGUCACUGAGCUAUCUCCCUGGCCCAGUGGAUCAUUUUAUAAACUGUCAUUUGCCUACAUUUUUUCAUUUUAUUUUCAGAUUUAUUCCAAGUUCGGCUAGUUUUCAGUGAAGUGUUUAUGUUUUAUUUACAUUGGUGACUAAAUUUCUAAGAGCUGCCUGGUUUCUGCCGGCCCCACUGGCCUUGCAGUGCUCGCUCCUGCGGCAUCCUCAGCAGCGGUGCCAUGCGCGCCUUCCUGCUCCUGCGUCAUCGUCACCACUCUGUCACGGGAGCAUUGGUGGGAGCAUUAGCAUUGCUAGCAUGGUUUGCCCUUACGUUACAGUGUGACGUUUCUCCCAUUAUAGUUUAUAUACAUUUUAAUUACUUCAUGUUCUUUUCAACUACUUUUUCUUUUACUAUGUUUAAAGAUUGCAAAUAAGAGAAUAAAUUUCUCAUGUUCUAUUCAAAGCAAACCUAAGCUUUAUGUCAGUAGGAUUUCCUUUAUAGUGUAUGUUUGCAAUACAUCAUAGUUUCAUUCAUUGUGAGGAAUUUUGGUAUAUGUAUAUGUAUAUGUAUACUUCAUUUUGGGUUGAUCUUUUUUUUCUUAAACUUCCUCUUUUGCCCCUACUCUGACCCUUUUUUUAUGUCCUGAAAGUCUGCUUCCCUAUUUCCUACCAUUUAUUUUAUUCUUUAAUGUGUUUAUACUUUGGAUUUUCUUACUAAGAGAAACCACCCAAUAUUUAACUUUCUGUUUGUGACUUUUUCACUACACAAUGUGGUUUUGACAUCCAGCCAUUCACACGAUUUUAUUAUUUUUAUGGCUGCAUAAUAUUCCAUUGUGUUUAUAAAUCAUGUUUUCUUUAUCCAUUUGUCUGCUGUGAGAUCUAUUUAACAUAAUGGGAUCUAUUCAAAAUAUUAAGAUCAAGACCAUGUAGCUAAUAAUUUUCCACAUUUUUUCUUUAACAUACUCUUUAAUAAUUCUUUUCCAUGGUACAACAUGUCCUUGAAAGACCCUCAGUAUGAUUCUUAACUCCCAAACCAACAUUUCUUACUGAUUUUUACAUUGAUGCUGUGUAAAUAAAUAAACUUAAUGUUGUGUAAAUAUUGUUCAUAUCUGUGAACUGAAAAUGUAAUAAAAACAUUUGAUGGUUCUG